GGCCGCGUUCUCGAAGAAGCCUAGUUCUUCUUCUUUGCGGCAUUUUAUCGAACACCUUGUGGGCGAGAGAGAGAGAGCUUGAGGUUCGAUCUAAUGGAGAAGAAGAGCGAGGGAGAGGAGGAGAAGCUGGGGACGAAGCUUAUGGGUGCGCCAGCGUCGCCGGAUGCGCACCCGGAGAACCAGAGGGCUGCCGCGUUUUGGACGCCGAGAAGCAGUGAUGAUCAUCACUAUGUACUUGAGCAUAAGCCGGUGCCGCGUCCCGCUGGGAGUCCCAUGGAGAGUAUCUUGGAUGUUUUCAAUGCUUGGACUAAGAAGACUGAUGAACUUGCCACCAAUAUUUGGCACAACUUGAAAACAGCACCAUCUAAGUCAGAUGCCGCAAUUGGGAAGCUUAACUUGACCGUGAAGGCCAUAACCGAAGGCGGGUUUGAGGCUCUGUUCAAGCAGGCUUUCCCGACUGACCCUUCCGAGAGGCUGAAGAAGAGUUUUGCUUGCUAUCUUUCAACCACAACCGGACCUGUUGCUGGCACGCUCUAUCUUUCUACAAUGCACGUUGCCUUCUGCAGUGACCGCCCUCUAUCAUUCACCGCUCCCUCUGGCCAGGAAACAUGGAGUUACUAUAAGGUCAUGAUUCCUCUGUCGAAGAUUGCUAAUGUCAAUCCAGUGACUUUGAAGGAAAACCCACCAGAGAAAUACAUACAGAUCAUCACAGCCGAUGCGCAUGAGUUCUGGUUCAUGGGUUUUGUGAGCUAUGAUAAGGCUGUAACACAUCUCUUGGAUGCCGUUGCCAACUUCGCGGCCGCAUCACAGCUGAUGCCAGGACCCCAAAUCAUUCAGUGAUCUUUAAAUCACAAAUACGAACAUCGUGUGUGCUCGAUAUGUCUUUUUGUGUGCACAUUGUGUUCUCUUUGUGAGAGACUAAUAAUAUUUGUGUGUAUAUAUGUAAUGUAUGUAUGUGUGUUUUCUUAUACUAUGUUUGAUGGAACUUUGGAAAACAUAUGUUUGUUGUUUGGGGAUGAAAUCUCAGUAGUAACUUUCACAUGAUUUGAUUUUGGAA